GUAAAAUUGGGAAAAUGGUUUUGCGUAUGGCACUAAAAAGUGAUGACCUGGAAACAAGUUUUAAUUGGUUUGUUAUUCGUAAAUUAUAUUAAGCCUGUUCUCUCAUGAUUAUCAGGUGGUUACAAUAAAUGAACCAGCGGCCGAAAUUGAGGAUAUUGCCUACUCAUUAAAAUAUGACACGAUUCAUGGAACUUUUGGCGGAAACAUUAGUGUAAAAGCUGAUAAUUGUCCAGACAUCGACGGUGGCAUCCAUGGUACACAUUUUCAUACCGGAUUUGAAGGGAAAGGUCUUUGAACAAAAAAUAACAGUGCCAUUUGCUCUGGGUUCAUUGCUAAAAUUAUAUAUAACAGUUCAAAAUCCAGUUAAGAUACAAGAUUUGAUGACACCAGAAUUCUGGGAAAGUAAUGUACUUUCGUAUUGCAAACGUAAAAGAGUGGCUUCUUCAAAUUUUAUUGGGGAUACUUUUUCGACAGUGGACUCACGACAGACAUCAGUUAUGGGAAAGAAAUUUAUGACAAUCGGUUUAUGGUGUGAUAGUGAAACAGUAGAAGCCAAUGGACUUUUGGAACUGUAUAAAUAUAUAUAUCUAUUGAAGACCAUGGGAACUUGCGUCGAAGAAGGGCAUUUUUUUAUAGGAUACUUCGUAUUUUUAAAACCGCAUCAUGAGUAAUCGGAGACAAUUUGAUAAAAAAUAUAGCUGACUGAACCAGUCAGCUAUAAUAUGGAUAAUAUACAGAUCUUGAGAAAAAUAUCUUAA